AAAUCUCUACAUUUCUCUCCUUUCUUUAGCCCAAAGGCACCCAGGACUCAGUGAGUGGACGGCUCACACAUUCGCUCUCCUAAUUGCUAUCUCUUCGUCUUUACCUCUGACAGCCCGUUGUCCUUCCUCAGCAAUUUUUCUCUCACCUCACUCACAAUUAUCUUGCCCGUCCUGUCACAAUGUACUCCUCCGAGGAGCUAUGGAACUCCACUGGGCAGGUUUGGAUCAACGGCUCUGAGGCGAACUUCUCUCUGGGAAGACGUGGGGAUGAUGAGGAGGAGGAGGGAGAUCAGCACCCCUUCCUCACAGACGCCUGGCUGGUCCCCCUCUUCUUCGCCCUUAUCAUGUUGGUCGGACUGGUGGGCAACUCUCUGGUUAUUUAUGUAAUUUCCAAGCACAGGCAGAUGAGGACGGCAACCAACUUCUACAUAGCAAACCUGGCAGCCACUGACAUCAUCUUCCUGGUGUGCUGCGUCCCCUUCACUGCCACCCUCUAUCCUCUCCCUGGAUGGAUCUUUGGCAACUUCAUGUGCAAAUGUGUUGCCUUUCUACAGCAGGUUACAGUCCAAGCCACCUGUAUCACUCUGACAGCAAUGAGCGGGGACCGCUGUUACGUCACAGUCUACCCUCUGAAAUCUCUCCGCCACCGCACCCCAAAAGUGGCCAUGAUCGUCAGCAUCUGCAUUUGGAUUGGCUCCUUCAUCCUCUCCACCCCAAUUUUAAUGUACCAGCGUUUAGAGGAGGGUUACUGGUAUGGCCCAAGGCAGUACUGCAUGGAGAGAUUCCCCUCUAAGACACAUGAGAGGGCUUUCAUCCUCUACCAGUUUAUUGCUGCCUACCUGCUGCCUGUCCUCACUAUCUCCUUCUGCUACACUCUGAUGGUGAAAAGAGUGGGCCAGCCCACUGUAGAGCCUGUAGACAACAACUAUCAGGUCAACCUCCUGUCAGAGAGAACCAUCAGUAUCAGGAGCAAAGUCUCCAAGAUGGUGGUGGUAAUCGUCCUCCUCUUCGCCAUCUGCUGGGGUCCCAUCCAGAUCUUCGUCCUCUUCCAGUCUUUCUAUCCAAACUACCAGCCCAACUACACCACAUACAAGAUCAAGACGUGGGCCAACUGCAUGUCCUACGCCAACUCUUCAGUGAACCCCAUAGUUUAUGGUUUCAUGGGAGCCACCUUCCAAAAGUCCUUCAGGAAAACCUUCCCAUUUCUGUUCAAGCACAAGGUCAGAGAUAGCAGCAUGGCUUCGAGGACUGCCAACGCUGAGAUCAAGUUUGUUGCUGCAGAGGAGGGCAACAAUAAUAAUGCCAUGAAUUGAAUCUGACAAUUAAAAAUAUGAUUAUUAUAGUGUCCAGAGCAAUCACUGUGAGAUGAAAAUGUAAAUAAUGAAACAUUUCCAGCCAUGUGUUCAUUGUGUGAAAGUCGUAAUAGAGAAACUGGCUGAUUUUAAAAGGCCAGACUUUGUCUGUUUGGCAGACACAUUUACAGUUAUGUUAAUGAAUAUAACUAAUUAAAGAACUGAUGUGGGGACACACAGACUCAUUAUACGGAUGGACACUAACAGUGUUUGGCAUAAUAUGUUACCUGUUCUCUUGCCAAGGUCAGGCAGUGUUGGCACAUAACGUCGUCCAUCAAGCUGCCAAACACCACAACCAAACACAGUCAUACGCAUCUGAUGACGAAAGAGGAAAGUUUUCCCCUCAAGCUGCAGGCGGGAGUCUUAAUCCCUGUAAGAUCAUGUUUGACAAGGCCUGCAGCUUUGGUAUAAACUGUUCAAUAUUUGGACAGCUGAUGACAUUAUGUAUUCUAAGACGUAUGAGAAUAUGAUAUUUUGGAAAUGACUGCAGACUGAAUGUGCAUUUUGAAUGGAAAAUUGAUACUCUAGAAUAGAUGCCAAUGGACAUGUUUUUUUUAUGCAGUUGACAUUUGUUCCUAUCACUGAGAAAAUUCAACUAGAGACACUUCUCAUGUCUGUUGUUUUGUGAAACACUAGUGCAUUUUUUUAGAGGAAUAGUUUGACAUUUGGGAAAUACUCCUUUUUGCUUUCUUACAGAGAGCUAAAUAAGAAGAUCGUGACCCCUCCCACAUCUAAUUGCUUAAAAUGUAGCAAGAGCCAGGAGGUGAUUAGCAUAGCUUAGCAUAAAGACUGGAAGCAGGGGGAAACAGCUAGCCAUGCCCUGUCCAAAGUUGCCUACCAGCACUUUUUAAGCUCAUAAAAUACACAUACAUAGCAAACAUGCCAAUUUGUGAGCUUUGGAGGUGUUGGUAGGCAUAUUUUUGAACUUUGGCUAUAGCCAAACUAGCCUUUAGUAAGCUUAUUGCUGCCUCGCUCUAGGAUUGUAAAUUACAUUUAGCUUUCAAAAGCAACUUACAAUUGCUGUAUAUAUCAGAGGUCGCACGCCUCUGGAGCAACUAGGGGGUAAGUGUCUUGCUCAGGGACCCAAUGGCAAUGGUGAACCCAGGUCUCUCACACCAAAGGCAUGUGUCUUAUCCACUGCAACAUCUCCCCCACCCCCACAUAUGCUGCAUUCAUGUAAUAUUGGAGUUACUGUAAUGAGUUUCCAUAAUAAUAAUUCCUAAUAAAGACUUAAUACAGAAAUACAUGAAAACCAAACAAAAACUGAUGCCUCAUCAGCCAAAGUCAGUCACUGAAUGUAAUUUAAGUCAAAUAAAAUGCUGUUAUGUUAGUUAAAGGCUAUGGAACUAUUGAACCUAGGUGCAGACACAGACAAGAGGCAUUUAUUACUAAGAGAGAGUUCAAGUGCAUUUAUUGUAGAGGAAUCAGAAGAAAAUGAUAUGAGGGGAAUGGGAGCUUGGAGCAGCGAGCUGAGGACUGGAGCAGGACAGAACCAUGGGAACAGGAGGUAGCUGAUUCAGAGGGAUUUCCAAGGGAAAAGCCAAAAGAAGCUGGAGACUGUAAUGAAGCAGUUUGAUACUAGUAUGUAUUAUUUUAAUUUAAUACUUUACAUUGCCUUUUAGUUUACUGUUUACCAUUUACAAUGUGUGCUUCCACGGGAGCUGAAAUUGUUAUAUGACGUCUUUCGGCUGGUACUCGCAAAGUUGGGGUACAUAUUUUUUCUCCGAGUUCCCAAUUAGGAAAUCCGACUUCAGGUGGUGUUCCAUCUUCUUCUAGUUGGAGGUCGGAAAUUUCCGAGUUCCCAGUUGCCUGGAACGCAGCACAAGAAGAACUCUUGAUUGCAGUGAUGUGCUACAGCUGUGAGGUUCCACCAUGACUUCAGCACACCUGCAGACAAUCACUCACACAACAUAUGAACACACAGGAGGGGGAAGGGAGAGAGAAAGAGCACUGCUUCUGAGGGGCAUCAGUUAGUGAAAUGAAGAGGAGGUCCCAGUGGCAGAGGCAACAAUAUGUUCAUUUUGCAGUAUUUUUCUAUCCUUAAGUGACCAGCUCUGUAUUCGUACAACCAUCUUUAGUUUCUUUACUUCCCUAUCCCAACCAUUUCCCAAAUAGUCAUACUGUUUCUUUAAAAAAUGUGGCUAUAUGUUGAUGUUGUUGCCCAUCUCCUUUUCCUGUUAAGUUACAACCCAAACUAUAAAUCAAAACACUAAAAACAACACCACUUUUACUUAUAUUUUCAUGGAGGUUGCUGUUUAAGUCAUGUUUUCAUUUUUAACCACAUUUAACCAGCUGUGUAGCUGUUAGCUCAGGAUAACACAGGGUUAAAGUUAUGCUUUUGUUUGGUGAUACUCCAACAAACCAAAGCCAGCAUCCAGAUAAAUACUUACUGACUUACUUUACUGCCAAAUAUGAUGAGUUGGAGCUUGCGACCGGUGAAGCAUGGACAGUGUUUACCACACAAACAUUCACACAGUCCUUGCUGAUGUGUGCACAUACACAGGCAUGUGCACUUUCAGCCAGUAUAGCCAGGUGUUGUUUGUUGGUGUAAGUUGUCACACUUUUUAGAAACAAGCUUGUAUGAUCUUGUCAAACGGACUAACUUCCAAAUGGUUGAGGCAACCUGCAUGGCCUGUGCCCUGUUGUGACAGAGCAAUUUGUUGGAGAACUUGUUCAGGGAGCUGCUGUUUAGUGAUGGAUAUAUAGUCUGUGGUUGUUAAUAAAUCAACUAGGUCCUCCCAGCUCUCCCCUUUCUAGAUGCAGUUCUUUUCUAUCCAUCCCACACAGUGACAUUCAAAAUCAGAACUCCAAUUAUGACCCAUAGAAAAUUGCUAAUGCAGUUCUCAUUUGAAUUGUAGAUACUGUGGGGCUUGCUGUCAUCAAGGCUCCAUUUGAGUUACAUGAAUGUGUCUUGAAAGGAAAACCAGAGUGCUUUUGGGUUGUCAUAUUCAGCCAUGACAAAAGAGUUUUUAAUUAAUUCAGCUCAUAUCUGGGCACAUUUUGAAAACAGAAGUGGACAAACCUUUUGCUAUGGCCACCUUAAUGUAACUAAAGAUGUAAAUUAACAUGUUUAGUAUAUAUAAAAUUAUAUGUAGCCUACCACUGAAUACAUUUUUUUAACACGCUUAACUUUCACAGAAAAAAGCAUUUAAUUUAAUUUAAAUGGUUUUGAGUUGCUCUAUUUUAAGUGAUUAGGCCUCCAUAAUUUUAUUUUUAUAGAAGGCAGCCAACAAAAUUAAUGUGACUCAGUUUAAUCAGCAUGGAAUAAAUGACAUAGUAUGAAGAGUUUAUUAAGUGCUAGUGUAAAACACAUUUCAGCACGUUUAAUUUAAUACUAAUGACUGCUUUUAUUGCUUUUUAAUGUGUGCAAAUUGUGCUGCACUUCUUCCACAGACACUAAUGUACAUCCAUUAGGAUCAAGGUCCUCUAUAAUACUGUAUGUGUGUUUUCUGCUUUACAUUAAGUGUUCUCUUGUAUAUGCGUUUAUUCUGAUAUUGUGAUUCUAAAUGUCAUGUUGUUCAGCAAUAUCUUCAGUUAAGCUUCAACCUUGAACAAUAAAACACAGAGUGACCAUUGGA